AUGUUGGAGCGGGCGAGAACUAUCCACCCAAUCCCACUCACCACCAUGCUUUCCCUGACAAGGUUAUCAUCUAUGGUGAUGAGGAAAACGUGGUCGCUGCAAGAUACUCCAGAUGUCAGUGAUAAUGAAAGUGAAAAGGGUGAGUCUGAUCAUGAGCAUACGGAAGAGGUCUUACUCAUCCAGGUUCCCAGACUACAUCUGAGCCAGCUGGAUGAUGAAAUGGAGACCAAGCCACAGUCAAUCUUUUACAAAUACGAGAAGUACGUUAUCGUGGUCCUUGGGGGUCUUUCAGGAUUCUGGUCAUCCAUCUCACUGCCGAUUUACGUGCCUGUACUUUCACAAAUUGAAGAAUCCUUCAAAGUUACAGAACUGGACGUCAAUAUCACUUUAGUUGUGUAUUCGAUCUUCCAGGGUCUUGGCCCAGUCGUUUUCUCGAAUUUGGCCGACUCUACUGGUCGUCGCCCGAUUAUUUUAGUGUGUCUUUUGCUCUAUGUUGCUGCCAAUGUGUUAAUUGCUGUCAACACCAGUUUCCCAGGUUUGGUCGUGCUUCGAUGCAUCCAGGCAUUUGGAAUCUCGUCCACCAUCUCUGUUGGAAGCGGAAUAGCCAGUGAUAUCACUACCAGAGCGGAACGUGCCUCCUUCAUUGGCCUUACAACUGGUCUAGCGCUUUUGGGGCAGGCAUUCGGUGCCUUCAUUGGUGGAAUGAUCUCAUCUGCCUUUGGCUGGCGUGCAAUCUUUUGGUUUCUAGCCAUUUCGGCUGGAGUUACUUUCCUUGUUAUUUACUUGUUGCUUCCAGAGACAGGCGCAAAGAUUGUGGGAAUGAAGGCGGACCGACUUCCAACCAAGUGGACUUUGGUCACCGUUGCUCCCAUAAUGAAGACAAGAAUGUUCAAGAAUAGGCUUGCAAGUCCAAAAAUGGUAGUUGCAAGCUCCAAGGGCCUCCAAUCAGACAAAACUCCUCAGACCUCGCGGUCAUUCAACUUGUUCAAGCCUUUAAAGAUCUUGGCCAUUCGUCAAGUAUACAUGACUCUCAUCCCAGCUUCCCUCUGCUAUGCGCUCUGGCUCAUGAUGCUUACAUCGCUUUCACAUGCAUUGACCAAAGAUUACGGCUUUUCACUCGACCAAGUGGCUUUAGCAUACAUUCCCAGUGGACUUGGUGGCUUAGCAGGGUCUGUCUCUAUUGGUGAGAUGUUGGACUACUCAUACAAGAGGUCACUUAGGAAGAGUCAAACAGAAGGCUGUAGAUUCAGUGUUUUACGCUCUCGUCUUAUUGUGUCUGCACUUCCUUCGUGUUUGUGUGUUGGGGCAUCUUUGGUGUUUGCGUGGACCUUACAGCUCCAUGGUCCUGUGGCAUUGGUGAUUGUUGCCUCAUGCAUUAUUGCUUAUGGAGCCAUGAACUGGCUCACUAUCUCCAGUACGGUGGUUGUGGAUGCCAAUCCUACUCAGGCUUCCGGAUCUUGUGCCUGUGUCAAUCUUACCAGAUGCUGGUGUGCUGCUUUGUUUGUUGGAGUGCUCACUCAAAUGGAAAGUAUGGGCAUGGGUUGGUGUUACACUCUUAUGGCUAUAUUGUGUGGAUUAGCCAGCUUCUGUGUGGCCUAUUUGUAUAUAGAAGACGGAAAGAGGUGA